GUUUUCGCUCUCUUAGAUUCUCACUCGCUUGGGCAGGUGACCCCUCCCAAUCCUCCACUCCCACUUGCCCCUCCGACCUCCCCCCCCCGCGCUGACGCAAUGAGUAACGACAGCGUGGUGCGCUGGUGGCAUGCGCGCUGGAUCCAGAUGACUGGCGUGAUUGCGCUCAGUGCCUACCUGGCUGGUGCGCUCGGCCUGUCUCCGCUCUGGGUUGGCGCGCUCCUCGUCGGCUCCUUUGCCGUCUUCCGCCGAAUGGUCCCGCGAUUCCUCACUGCUGUGCUCGCCGAAGCAGAGAAGCGCGCAUUGCAUCGACUGGCACUGCGCGGCGACGUCGAGACGGUCGACUGGCUUAAUUACGUGCUCGCACAGUUUUGGACAGUGUACGAGCCAACACUCGCCGAAUCCAUGCGAGGACCGCUGCAACGCAUUCUGGAGGCAGCGCGGCCGCGCUCGGUUGCCUCCAUCGAGCUUGUCAAGUUCACCCUGGGGCCCACAGCUCCCUUCUUCCGAUCUGCUCGCGUACUGGCUCCGGUUGGGGCAAAGACCCUCGAAGCCGACCAACUGCUCGCUGCAGCCGCCAGCGCCAGCCGCUCGACUGCUAUGAUUGAUCUGCUGGUCGAUACAGUGGUUCGUGCGCCGGCCGCAUACGCCAUUGUCGAGGUCCGUCUCUCCGCCAAGAUGCUGCGCCUGAAAGUGCCGAUUGCCGUCAGCAAUCUCAUGCUCCAGGGGCAGCUCAUGCUCGGCCUGAAAUUCAUGUCCAAAUCCCCGCUGCUGGAACACAUCACGUUCUCCUUCUUGUCGCAGCCGGAGGUGGACCUUUCCAUUCGGGCCAUGCACAACGUGGAUGUGAUGGACAUGCCCUUCCUCUCCCAGUGGCUGGAAGGCUCGAUUGAUUCCGCCAUAGCAUCGACCAUGGUCCUUCCAAACAAGCUAGAGUUUAACAUCAACGAAAUGUUCAACGGCGUGGACGAGCUUGACGUCCUUGAUGGCUCACCAGCGUACUUUGCUCGCUCCCAAGCGGUCGGCAUUUUGCAAGUGACAAUCUCGAGUGCCACUCUGAAUGCGCUCAUCGAACGCGAGUGGUCUGCGCUCGACGCUCGCACAAACACCACUUCAACAACACCCGCGAGCGGACCACUUCAAGCAGGCUCGACGUUGGCCACGCCGAGCGACCUGUCAGCCAACACAACCAUCCGGUGCUUUGUUGACGUGGGUGGGCGCGUACACGCAUCCCGUGCCAUCAAGCGCCAUCAUUUAGCGGACUGGUCCCAAACCUUUUGCAUUUUGGUGCACGACGUCAACUCUCAGCGUGUUUCGAUCAACGUCAAAGCAUCCAUCCAAGAGCCAUCCACGGCCGCCGUCAUCUCUCCGAUUUUCCUGCCAACUGCUGGCGACGCGUUUCACCAGUUUGAAUCUGGAGAGACAGAGGUGGUUGCGCGGGUGCACAUGCCCGAAACGGUCGAUUGCGGCUCUUGCAGCUUGGACAUGUACGAGAUUGUUUUCCAGCACGAUGCAACGCUGGUGACAGAGCAAGUGCUCAAGCGUCUCAGACCAAGCUCGAGCAUGCUCCCGGUGUCGCGUGGCGCCGUCGACGACCACGAGGAGGUUGGUCGCUUGCAAGCCACCUUCAGGUACCAUGCGCUUGGCCCUCCUCCUGCGUCAGUGGCAGCCACUGGAACCAUGGCCUCUCCGGCUUCGGCGGCAGGCGGCCCAGGACAGAGUGGCGCCGGCGUUCCAACCAUACCAGCAUCGUCCGUCGCGACUCCAGGGCCGAAUGGAGAGGACUUUUUCGAUGCGAGUGGCAGCGCUCCUACCAAGCCGCUGUCCAGCUCCGUGGCUGGGCGGAAGGCCUCGGAUGAGCCGUCAGCGGGCGGCAUCUUUGGUCGCAUCUUUGAAUCUGGUCUUGCAGCAGAAGCUGGUCGUGCAGCCACCAUCGUGCGUGAAAUGGCAACGUUGCCCCGCGCAGUGUUGCAUCGCGCCAAGGGUGUUGCUGUAAUUUCAGUGGUACGCAUUGGAUUUCUUGCGUCGGUGCGCUUUGGCACAGGCCUAGUGCUUGCCCGUCUACCUUCCGGAGCCUGGUCUGCGCCCAGUGCGAUCGCUUUGGCCUCUCUUUCGGGCGGAUUGGAAGCUGGCGCCGAGAAAAGCGACUUUCUCAUCAUCCUCAACACGUCCGAUGCUGUGAACGCCUUUGCGAGCGGCACCGCGUCUCUCGGUGGCAAUGUGUCUGUGGCGGCAGGUCCUGUUGGUCGUCAAGUGGCCGCUGAACUGUCGACGAGCAACUUGUCAUCGGCCUUCUCCUACUCGAAGACGAAAGGGCUGUUUGUGGGUGUUUCCCUCACCGGAACGGUGCUGAUUGAACGGAAGGACGCCAACCGCAAAUUCUACGGCAUGCAAGUCUCGGCGCGCGAGCUGCUCUCACGUACCAUCGAUAGCAUGUCAGAAAUUGAGCCAUUGUACCAGGCUUUGGCAGACAGCCAAAUGGCGCGCGGUGUGCGGGUCGCCGCGUUCAAGCCCGACGAGCACGACGAUAAGGACUCCAAGUUGUUCGGCAAAGAUCGCAAACAGCCCCGGAAGGCCUCCCGAACCGCGUCGUCGUUGGCCAUCUCGCCGGAAGAUGGCGAUGACCAGAUCGGUAUCAACAUUGGUCGCUACUGCCGCAAAGGCAGCGGUGUACUGCGCCUCGAACUCAAACAAGUCGUGUUGCAAGCGCUAGACUCGGCUUCCGAGAUGGCCAAGCGCAAGAUAUCUUUGGAGGACGGCUCCGAUCGAUCUUUCAGCCCUUCGGGUGCACCUACUGAGCCGGGCGAGUUGUUUUGUGUCGUUGAGAAGAAUGGUCGUCGAGUGUUUGAGUGCGAGCUUGAUCCUGUCAAGCUCACGCCGCUUGGGUCUUGCAGCAGCGUCGAGCUGAUUGUUCGGAAUUCGGCGGCUCUCAAACUGCACGUUGCAAUCCUGCGCCGCGUCGCACACGACCCUGCAGAGUCCAGCAGCCAUUUCGGAUUCCCUUCCGUCGACGCGGCGGAGCCUCCUGGCGCCCAAGCGCAGGAUCCUUUACAGAUUGUCGGUGCUGUGGUACUGGAUGUGGCACAGCAUUUGCCGCCCGGCACGCCGGCAGGCACUCGAAACGAUCGCGUGGUCGUCGAUUUGAAGCGCGACGCGACUUUGCCGUCGUCCUUUGCAAACUCUGUCACAGCGCGCGUUCUUGCCAAACUUCAGCAACAGCAUACGGCGAACGCAGCAGCGCAUUCCGCCUCGUCUCCUUUGACCCAUACCUUCGAGGAAGACACACGAACCCAGCGAUCGCACUCGUUGCCCUCGGGCAUUGGAACACCACCACCGACGGCCGUCUCUGGAUCGCGUUCCCCGUCGUCGGCUCUUUCUGCAAGUCCGACAGCUCCAGCCAGCCCCACUGUUGCAACCUCUGCUGCGCUUGGAAAUGGCACUGUCUUUAGCGGGGGAGCGAGUUCGAAUAGCCAUCCCAUGGUGUUUGGCUCGGGCAAGCUCCUGCAGGUGGGCAAGCUAUUGUGCGCGCUCUCCUUUCGGUACAUAUCGCUGCAAUUUGAGCCUCCCGGCGGCAGCUCCGGGAUGACCGGCUCGCCAUUGGGAUUUGCGCGACAGCAUCAGGGUGCCUUGGGCAGCGAAGACCGAUGGGAUGAUUUCGUCCCUCUCAUCAACGGCGCUCGAAUCUGUCUCUUUGGAGCGGUUUCUGAUAACUCUGGCAUGAAGCUCGUCAACCAAGAGCGCCACCCCUCUUCCAGCGUGCGGGAAGCCUUGCUGCAUGAUGCGACCAUGAGCGGGGCGUCGUCCGAGCGGGCUGCUCGACUCAUUCUCACCAUCAUCGAGGCCAAGCACUUGCCGGGAGUGGAUCGAAACAUGCUGUCCGACCCGUUUGUCGUGGUCAAGAUGGAUGGGCGACGGUUGCACCGCACAAAGCCCAUCAAGCGAGACUUGAAUCCGCGCUUCAAUGAAACCACAGUUGUUGAGCUCGUUGAUCGGCUUUAUACCCGCCUGUUGUUUGUGGUCAAGGACUGGAAUCUGUCGCAUUCGAGUGUACCGAUCGGCAACUGUGAAAUUUGUCUGGGUGAUUUCUUUGCCGAUUCCAAGAUGGCCGCGGCGGAACAAGAGACCGCGAAACACGCCGACGGAGGAGUCGACCCGGCUCUGAGCGCCGCUGGCGCGAACGGUAACACGUCAGCUGCGGCCUUGUAUCAGACCAACGACGGAUGGAUCAAGUUGAAUGAUGGCGCAGAUGGCAUGCUCCACAUUCGCAUGCAACUCACCGGCGUCGUCCCUCCUGGGAGCCCAGAUCCGGAAAAGACUCUUUCGCAAGGACCGCUGCAGCGGCUGCUUCGUGCGGCUACGAGCUCGUCCCUCGCGUCCGAUGCCAACCGCACUCCUGGCGAUAGCGCCAGCCUGUCAAGCUCUCUGCCGUCACGAAGGAGCGAACCCUCUCCAUCUCUCCCGCUUUCGCCCAUGGACUUGUUGCAGACAUCUUCCACGCCACCUCCCGACGGUCAAGGUCGAUCUGGCCUUCUUCCGCGGCGUGUCAGCAUCUUGAAUCCCAGGAGUCUGGCUGGCCCGCCCGCUCCUGUUGGCAAGUCGGCUUCAAAGCAUUCCAUCCUGGCUGGCUUGGCCAAGGUGAAUGCAGACGUAGCAGCGCCGCUGUCGUCCAAGCAGUCUGCACCGCCCACGCCUGGCCCGACAUCAAGCCCGCAUGAAUUCAGUCUGGCCGGUCUCACUCCGGCCUCUGGGUCAGUGUCCAGUUUGGAAGCAGCGGACGGGGCAAGCCCAUCGCCUCCAUCUCGAUUAUCGGCAAACGUUCCCUCCUCUUCAGACAACCCAGCACCUUCGCUUCUGCCUCUCUUGCAAAUUAGUCACGCAGAGGAGACUGAUGCCACCUCGACCACGAAACCGACGAGUGCCGUCAGCCAUCCCUCUGCUCAUUCCAAGUUACAAGGCGAAGCUGCCAGCUCUCAGCCAGAUACCAACCAUCAGAACGCUCUCGGAGCCAGCCCAGAUCACAGUCUGCUGGCUCGGGCGGAUUCGCGGCGGAGCACGCGUUCCGCAGACAGCGGUGCGCUGGACGAGCAAGUUCUUCCGCUCUCCGAACCCAUUGCGCACAAUGCGAAUUGGGUUUCUGCCCUCAUCCUGGAUGAGAACGUGUACCUGCGCCUCGGUUCGAUGAAAUUAGACUUGCUCAGCGUCAUGCACCUGCCUGAAGGCGGACCUCAGCGGUACGUGUCUGUCAAAGUCGGCGAGGUGAAGGUCUUGCGCACCGGUAAGGUUCCGUCAACGUCCACAGCAUCGCUUGCCAGCGCAGCUGCCAGCGUCUCUGUUCAUGCAUCAAGCACUCCGCUAACGGCCGCCACGCGGUGCAUUUUCACACUGAACGAGCAUCAUGUUUUCCAAAAGAAUGAGGCUCUCUCGAAAUGCUGUGUGCUGAUUGGCUCGUUGUUUGAGCUACCACCCGGUACCUCCAAGUUGACUCUGCCAUAUGAGCGAGAGGUGCUCUUGAAUCUAGAGCCUGCGCCGGGACAAAUCCUUGUUCGUGUCACAUUUGAUGCGUGAUUUUGUUUGUUGUUUCGUUUUUUGCGCUCGCGGUUUCUCGUUUUUCAUUGUACACCAUUUUAAUAUUCUUCCACA